UUUUCGUUCCCCCGGCCGGAUUAGUUCCCCCGCACCGCCAACCCAUUCCAUCAACCUUCGCUUCGAAUUGCCGGGAUGUCGGCCGCAGCUGCGAAAAGGGAAUCCGAUCUCUCCGGGCAGAUCGAGGACUUUGUGGCGCUGCUAAAGCGGGGCGGGAAGAGGCCUCGCUCGGAGGAUGUUGCCCGGCAGACGGUGGGCCUGCUGCGGAGGAUCGUGGCGAACGGGCGCUGGAACAAUGCGGGAGAGCUGAUAAGCAUAAUUCAUCAGGAGGGUAAGAAAAUGACUGCUGCCCAGCCAUCUGAGACUACUGUAGGCAAUAUGGUGAGACGAGUGCUGAAGAUAAUUCGAGAGGAGUAUGGCAGGCUUCGAGGAUACAGUGAGGAGAGUGACCAGCAGGAAUCACUACACAAACUUCUGACCUUGGAAAGUAAUGAGGACCCUGAGAGUUUCAAUAUCUACUAUCCUCCACUCAGGGCCAAUAUCAUUGAAAUUAUUAGUGAACUGUUGAUUGAACUAGAGGGUACCACUGACAACAUUGCCAUGCAGGCCCUGGAGCAUAUCCACUCUAAUGAGGUGAUCAUGACCAUUGGCUAUUCACGCACGGUUGAGGCCUUCCUGAAGGAGGCAGCACGCAAGAGGAAAUUCCAUGUAAUUGUGGCUGAAUGUGCACCCUUUUGUCAGGGUCAUGAAAUGGCUGUCCGUUUGUCUAAGGAGAACAUAGAAACUACCGUCAUGAGUGAUGCCGCCAUCUUUGCUGUCAUGUCUCGUGUCAACAAGGUAAUAAUUGGAACAAAGACUAUCUUGGCCAAUGGUGCCCUGAUAGCUGUCAGUGGCACUCAUACCUUGGCACUGGCAGCCAAGCACCACUCCACCCCUCUUAUUGUCUGUGCACCCAUGUUCAAGCUCACACCACAGUUCCUUAAUGAAGAUGACUCAUUCCAUAAAUUCGUCUCUCCACAGGAAGUGUUGCCUUUCACAGAAGGAGAUAUUCUAUCUAAGGUCAACAUUUAUUGUCCGGUCUUUGACUACGUUCCUCCAGAACUUAUCACGCUCUUUAUUUCAAAUAUUGGAGGCAACGCUCCUUCCUACAUCUAUCGUCUAAUGAGUGAACUUUAUCACCCAGCGGAUCGUGAACUUUGAGCUAUGGACACCAUUUAUAUCAUGGAGUAGAUGUGUACUUUCCCCUGAAGAAGCAGUGGCUCAAUAAAGGGUCAAACUGCAGAAAAUGGACUUACUGUCUUCAAAAUAUAUUAUAUUUGACCUUUGCUUUCUCUGUCAGAAAAAGCACUGCUCCAAUCCUGGGUUCUGUCAGCUUUAUUGAAAGACAUAGUAUAAAUCUUCCCUGAGAAAGUUUUAGGAUAGCAUAGAGGCCAUAGUUCAGUAGUGGCCCAAACAUUCAAACAUUGAAGGGAAUUUGCUUGUAGCUGCUAAGCUACCUUCAGUCUGUUAACACAAAUUCUCCUGUAACAGGUCCAGCUCCUUGAUUCUUCUACUUUGCUUCUCGAAAUAGGAGAUAGAAAAAAAGUUUAGCUAUUCAGAUGGUUUCUGAUGGAAAGUAGCCUGCUCUCAUUCUAGUUUCAAUUAAAUGCUGAUGAUACUUGCAUUCAGGGCAAGUUAAAGUAA